AGGUUACCGGGUCGAACCUUUUUGAUGUUACAAAACACAACACUUUGUUACCGCCAUUGAACCUCUGAAAUUGGAACCCAAUAAACCCUAAACCUCAACAUACACAACAAACACUCCAUUCUACCUAUUUCCAUGGCUGUCAACGAUGCUGACCAGUCUCACAAAGCUCACAGGACCCGUCAAGCCGGUCCCAAGAAGAAGAUCAAGUCCAAGAAGAAGCACGAUGAUGAAGCCGAAGAUCAGAAAAUGCUUAACCCUAAGGCUUUCGCAUAUUCUUCAUCCAAAAAAGUCAAGAGAUUGCAAUCUCGUUCCGUUGAGAAAGAACAGCGCCGCCUUCAUGUUCCAAUCAUUGAUCGUACUUACGGUGAACCUCCUCCAUUCGUCAUCGUCGUGCAGGGUCCUCCUCAGGUUGGAAAGUCACUUUUGAUUAAGACUUUGAUUAAGCAUUAUACAAAGCAGAAUCUGCCUGAAGUUCGCGGUCCAAUUACAAUUGUAUCUGGAAAGCAAAGGCGGCUGCAGUUUGUGGAAUGUCCAAAUGAUAUCAAUGGCAUGAUAGAUGCAGCUAAGUUUGCUGAUCUAGCACUUCUUCUUAUAGAUGGAAGUUAUGGUUUUGAAAUGGAAACAUUUGAAUUUCUUAAUAUUUUGCAAGUUCACGGCUUCCCAAAGGUCAUGGGGGUUCUUACUCAUCUUGAUAAAUUCAAGGACGUUAAAAAGUUGAGGAAAACAAAAAAACUGCUAAAAAACCGUUUUGCAACCGAAAUGUAUGCUGGAGCUAAAUUGUUUUACUUAUCAGGCCUUAUUCAUGGAAAGUAUGUCAAACGCGAAGUUCACAAUCUUGCCAAAUUCAUAUCAGUCAUGAAGUUUCAUCCUUUAUCUUGGCGAACUUCCCAUCCCUAUGUUUUGGUGGAUCGUUUUGAAGAUAUCACUCCUCCUGAAAAAGUGCAUGCAAAUAAUAAAUGUGACCGAAAAGUCACACUUUAUGGCUAUCUUAGAGGUUGUAAUUUGAAAAAGGGAAAUAAGGUGCACAUAGCUGGAGUGGGUGAUUACGGUUUAGCUCAUGUUACUGGUUUACCUGAUCCAUGUCCUCUCCCUUCUGCUGCCAAAAAGAAAGGACUGCGUGAUAAAGAAAAGUUAUUUUAUGCUCCCAUGUCUGGCAUUGGGGAUCUUUUGUAUGACAAAGAUGCUGUGUACAUAAAUAUUAAUGAUCACUUUGUUCAAUUCUCAAAAGUUGAUGAUGAAAACUCUGCUAUGACGAGCAAAGGAAAGGACAGGGAUGUAGGGGAGGUUUUGGUGAGAUCGCUUCAGAAUAUCCAACACUCAAUCAAUGAAAAGCUAGAGAACAGCUCUAUCAAUCUUUUUGGCCAAAAGCCAAAAGUGCCAUCAGAAGCUUUAGGUGAUGCACAGGGUACAAACAAAGAUGUAGAGCAGGAUGGAAAAUUAGAAACUUUGGAUAAAUAUCAGCCUGUAGAUUCGGAUGGUUCAGAAUCUUCUGACCAGGAUGAAGAUGGUGAUGCAACCGACAGUGAAGCUAUAAAUAGAGACCACAUAAAAGAACAGAUUGAGUUUCACAAUGGAAGACAAAGGAGAAAGGCAAUCUUUGGAAGUGACGCAGAUCAAAGUGAUCUGAUGGAUUCGGGAGAAGAGGAAGAGGAAGAGGAAGAGGAAGAGGAAGAGGAAGAGGAAGAGGAAGAGGAUGGUGCUGCCAAUGAUUGUGGGGCAUCUUCUGAUUCAGAAUCUUCAGAAGAGGAUGAAGAUGACAACAAUGAUGAUGAUACACAUGAAGAUGACAUGGGAAAUGUUUCAAAGUGGAAGGAGUCAUUGGCAGACCGAUCUCUUGCACGGAAACCUCCUAGUUUGAUGCAACUCGUGUAUGGGGAUAAUUCGACCUCUAUGAACAAAGGGAAUGAUAGUAGCGAGGAUGAGGAAAAUGAAGGUGACUUUUUUAUGCCUAAAGAACUGAUAAAGCAAAAUAUUAGAGAUGGACUGGAUGAUAGAAUGGUCGAUGCCGAAGAUUGUUCCAAGUGUGCCCAACUUAUGAGUCAGAAAUGGGACGAGAAAGAUAACGAGGAGAUUCGCAACCGUUUUGUGUCUGGAAAUUUGGCAAAAGCUGCACUCAGAAAUGCACUGCAAAAAGAUAAUACUGAAGAGGAAAGUGAAGAUGUCUUUGGUGACUUCGAAGAUUUAGAAGCAGGAGAACAAUAUGAGCUUUAUCAGACAGAGGAUGGUUUUGCGCUAACAACAAAUAAAGGAGUUGAUUUAGAAGCUGAGCAGCGGAGGCUUAAGAAACUUGCUAAACGUGCAGAAUUUGAUGCUCAACAAUAUGGCGAUGACCGAGAGACACCAGAGGAAGAUACUGGCAAUGAAAAUGAAGACAAGGUCCACCAUGACCAGCCUAAAGAAAGUAACUAUUUUGACAGGUUAAAAGAGGAGAUUGAGCUUCGAAAACAAAUGAAUAUUGCUGAGCUGAACGAUCUUGACGAGGAUACCAGAUUAGAGGUAGAAGGCUUCCGAACGGGGACAUACCUUAGAUUGGAGGUUCAUGAUGUUCCCUGUGAAAUGGUCGAACACUUUGAUCCUUACCAUCCAAUAUUGGUUGGAGGAGUUGGUUUAGGGGAGGAAAAUGUUGGAUACAUGCAGGCCAGGUUAAAGCGGCAUAGGUGGCACAAGAAAGUCCUGAAGACUAGAGACCCAAUUAUUGUUUCUGUUGGAUGGAGGCGUUACCAGACAACGCCAAUUUAUGCUAUUGAGGAUCACAAUGGAAGGCACCGUAUGCUAAAAUACACUCCAGAACACAUGCAUUGCCUUGCUAUGUUUUGGGGCCCUCUUGCACCUCCUAACACUGGAAUAGUUGCUGUUCAGAGUUUAUCAAACAAUCAGGCAAAUUUUAGGAUUACCGCAACUGCAGUUGUACUUGAGUUUAAUCACGCUGCAAGAAUAGUGAAGAAAAUCAAAUUGGUUGGUCAUCCGUGCAAGAUAUUCAAGAAAACAGCACUUAUCAAGGAUAUGUUUACUUCAGAUCUGGAGGUAGCUCGGUUUGAAGGUGCGGCUAUCCGAACAGUCAGUGGGAUUAGGGGACAGGUUAAGAAGGUUGCAAAAGAAGAGAUAGGUAACCAGCCGAAAAGGAAGGGUGGGCAACCCAAAGAAGGAAUUGCUAGGUGCACUUUUGAAGACAAAAUUCUAAUGAGUGACAUUGUUUUUCUGCGAGCAUGGACUCAAGUUGAAGUUCCUCAGUUUUAUAAUCCAUUGACAACAUCACUGCAGCCUCGUGACCAGACCUGGAAAGGAAUGAGAACUGUUGCAGAAUUGAGAAGAGAACACAAUCUUCCUAUACCUGUAAACAAGGAUUCUCUUUACAAGAAAAUUGAAAGGAAACCUAGAAAGUUCAAUCCAUUGGUGAUUCCCAAGUCUCUACAGGCAAAUCUUCCUUUUGAAUCAAAACCUAAGCAUUUUCUACCCACGCGAAAAAAGCCUUUGCUGGAAGAGAGAAGGCAAAAGGGUGUUGUCAUGGAACCUCGUGAGCGUAAAAUUCGUGCUCUUGUUCAGCAUCUUCAGUUAAUGAAAAGCGAAAAGAGUAAAAAGCGGAAGAUUAAGGAAGUGGGGAAGAGAAAAGUUCUUGAAGCAGAGCGAGAAAAAGAGGAGCAGUUGUCAAAAAAGCGCCGGAGAGAGGAAAGACGAGACAAAUACAGGACAGAAGACAAGCUCAAUAAGAAAAUUAGGAGAGCAUGAGUUUGAGUUUCUGAAAAUUGGUAUGAUUUCAAGUUUUGGUCACAUGCAAAUGGAUCCACCCACAUCUUUAGAAAGAAAAAAAAGGAACGGCGUCAUGCGAUUGGAGUUAUUCAUGUAUUGUUAUGGAAAUCAAAUAAGAGCAAGCUUAAAGUAUCAUCAUUCAUGGAGAUUGUCUUGGACAUGGUGGUACUUAUUUUUGGAAAAAAAUUGUUCUUCGGAAUUAUUUAUAUACUUAUAUACGCCUCUGCUAAUGGCUACGUUAAUUAUAUUUAUUUUGCAUGUAUAACAUGUUUUGGUAGUUAGCUUCGUUGCUCAUCCUGAUUUUUUUUUUCGUCUUUGCUUGUGUAAAAGAAUUAUAUCAUGUGCGCAUGAAAUUGUUUUCUAUUUUAAUUCUAUAUAUGUGCUUAUUUAGUUUCA